AUGGAUAACUCACCAACCAAACGCUCAGAGAUCUGGGCAUGGUACUCUUACGCCUUCGCCGCUGAAGUCGUCGCAGUGACAUCGGUCGGGACAUUCAUCCCAAUCGUUCUCGAUACAUUAGCUGCGAAGAGCGGUGUACUCGCAUCCGAUCACCUCACUCCAUGUCUCGCGCAAUCUGAGUCGGCGGUAGUGGAGGAUGGGGAGAGGUGUGUACUUGUGGUGUUUGGGCGGGAUGUGGAUACGGCGUCUUACGCACUGUACGUGUUUUCGUUGUCGGUUGUGUUACAGGCGAUUGCGGUGGUGAGUAUGUCAGGUGCGGCUGAUCACGGUAAUUACCGUAAACUCCUCCUACUCGCUUUCACUUUCGUUGGGGCGGUAGCGGCGAUGAUGUUUGGGGCUGUGGAGACGUACCUUCUGGCUGGGGUUUGUGCGUGUUUGGUCAACAUCUGUCUGGGUGCGGCGUUUACGUGUCUGAAUUCGUUUCUGCCGGUGUUGUGUCGGUCGCAUCCCAAGGUUUUGGCGAAUGUAGUGAUACACGACGUAGCUGAAGCCGAGCAACAGUUGGAAGCUUCUAUGUCGCAUGAGGAUGGGGGUGAAGACACAGAGACGUUGCUGAGAGAGAAUAAUAAUGCAAGUCCGAGACAGGAUACGGAUGUAUCACUAGCUUUGUCGAGCAAGAUUUCCGGACAAGGUAUUGCGGCAGGGUAUCUAGGAGCGAUCAUCUUUCAGUUGAGCGUUGUUCUGGUGCUUAUGCAGAAAUCCUCCUCGACGUCGAGUGCAUUUCAGAAUAUUAUCCUGAUCACUGGUGUAUGGUGGCUCCUCUUUUCCAUCCCUGUCGUCAUUUGGAUGCGACCACGGCCUGGACCUCCGUUGAGUUUGGAGGAACGCGAAGGACGGACGGGUGUUUGGGGGUAUAUCCGGUAUUCAUGGCGAGCUUUAUGGGGAAUCAUGAAGGCUGCUCGGCAGUUGAAGGAUAUCUCUCUUUUCCUGUCAGGGUGGUUUCUCCUCAGUGAUGCAUACACAACAAUGACCGGUACAGCAAUCCUCUUCGCCAAAACAACCCUCAAAAUCAACACCUCCGGCCUCGCAAUAAUCGGCCUCCUCUACACGCUAGCCGGAAUCCUCGGCGCCUACACCUGGCCCCGCAUAGCAAUCCGCUUCCACCUCUCUCCCCUCCGUACAAUGUACCUCAUCAUAACACUCUCCCUCCUCGUUCCACUCUACGGGAUGUUGGGACUGAUACCGAGGGUGAGGGAGUGGGGUGUGGGAGGGUUGACGAGGAAGGAGGAGAUGUAUUUUGUGGCGCCGGGGUUUGGGUUUCUGCAUGGUGGGUUGAGGGGGUUUUGUAGGAGCUUGUAUGGGGGGUUGGUUGUGAGGGGGCAGGAGACGAGUUGGUUUGCGCUGUACUCCAUUACCGACGAAGGGAGCAGUGCGCUGGGGCCGGCUGUGGUUGCGUUGCUCGUGUCGGUCACGGGGGAGAUGCGGUACGCGUUUGUGUUUUUGUUCCUGAUGCUGGCGACGUGUCUGCCGCUGUUUCGGAUGGUCGAUGUGGCGAGGGGCACGGCGGAUGCUGAGCAGUUUGCCGCCUCUUGA